AUCCUGGUGCUGGGCCUGGAUGGGGCCGGGAAGAGCAGCGUUCUCCACGCCCUGGCAACUAACCACGUCAAGCGCAGCGUGGCCCCCACCAAGGGCUUCAACGCCAUCUGCGUCAACACCGAAGAGUCCCAGAUGGAGUUCCUGGAGAUCGGGGGCAGUGAAUCUCUGCGAUCCUACUGGAAGAUGUACUUGCCCAAAGUGCUGUUGCUGAUCUACGUGGUGGACUCCGCCGAUCAUGCCCGACUGCCUCUGGCGAAACAGCUGCUUCAUCAACUGAUCCAGAACAACUCCACCCUGCCGGUGGUGGUUCUGGCCAACAAGCAGGACCUCGAAGGUGCAUAUGGCAUCACCGACAUCCAUGAUGCUCUAGCACUGUCUGAUAUUGGGGACGAGAGGAAGAUGUUCUUGAUCGGUACCCACGUGGCAGAGGAUGGCUCCGAGAUCUCCUCCAGCAUGAAGGAUGCCAAGGAGCUGAUAGCACAGCUGGUUUGCCCCUGCAGGGAAACUAGGGAGACAAUCUAGACCCUCUUGCGGGGUGCUGUGACAGCUCGGCCAUCCCCAAGAACAGUGGCACUGGCCAAGCCCAAGCGGGAUUUUGGCAAGCAGCAGUGCAGGUCAGUGAUGACCAGAGCAUCUCCGCAGUUAGAGUGUCUCGCAGAGCCCGAGGUCAGGAAGGUGACCUGCUGCUAUGAGCACAGCUUUCCUGGAUCUGUCACCCUCCAGGAAGGCAGUGUCACCCAGGACAUGCAUGGCAGGGAUGCCGGGCAGAGGAGAGGGCGCUGGGUGCCCAGUCACUGUCUGGCUCCUUUGGGCUCGCCUCUGUUGAGCCCAGAUGCGUUCGCAGUGAAGGAGACUCCCAGAAAGGCCACUUGUUCUGCUCGGAUCCCACACUUGGCUCAUCCGAGGAAGCACUGA